AUGGACCAUAAAUGGGACACUUCCCCUGGAAUCAAUGUGCCCAUAUAUGUCAGGCGUAUAGAGUAUGAUGGGCUUCACAAUGUAUGCUUUGGAUGUGGAAGAUUUGGACAUAAUGAGGCGGUUUGCCCAAAGAACUCCAUGGUCAACACCAGCGCUGGGGAGAGUAGCGGGAUAUCCUCCCAAGUCUCUCAGAAAAGGAUUGAGAAGGAAAGGCCAAAGAUCUUUGACGAUUUUGGCCUAUGGAUGCUGGCGACGAGAAGGAGACGUCGAGGGGAAAUUGGGGCUCAGGGCCGACAUGGGGCUCACAACCAAGCAAAACUGAAGACUAAGAUCAUUGUUGCUACCAAGUCAACGUUUGAUGCGCUGGAGGACCUAAAUGACGAGCUGACUGAAUUUCUAUGCAAUUUAGAGGCAACCAACAAAGGAGAUAUGGACGAGACUGUUGACACCAUCUUACAGUCUAAAGGGCAAGAAAGUGAUAUGGAAACAAAAGCUUAUACUCAUCCCGAAAUGGCUGGGGAAACGCUCAGCGGUGUAAUGAGGAAUGGAGGCGAGGGUCCUAAAGAAAAAGAGACGACACGACUCGAACCAAAGUUGGGUAAACAUAUCACAAAGGGAUUGAAAGGAGGCAAGAACAGGGAUAAAAAGGGGCACAUUAGGUGGCAAUGCAUGGAGGUAAAGAUUAGGGGGAGCCAUCGAAGGGGAGUGGCACUUCCCGGGCGGUGGAGAGGAGAGACCAAAAGAAGCAACAACCGACUACUAGGGAGAGGGGACUGCGUCAACCGCUGCCCUCCACCCCACCUCUUUCAAACCGAAUCAAAUCUCAAGACUACUCAAGAGGUCCAGUUCGGCAGCUCAAUCUUGAUGCUUUCCCACAAACACUUCUCAGUCAGAUAG